CCUAGGAAACCCCCCAUCCUUUUUUUUGGUUAUUAUUGUUGAAUUUGUCUUUGCCACGAAAACAAUUAAUUUCAAGUCUUGAAUAGGAAAAUAUGCAUUUCGACAACUUAUUUCGCUUGUUCUUUGGACCUUCGGAUUUUAAUGGAAGGCAAUAUAAAGAUAGUGGUGAACCAAAUGAAAACCACCCAAGUAAUAAUCCAUUUGGUGAUUCGUCUCAAUGGAAUAGUGAAUUUGAACAGCUUGAUCAAAUGAUGAUGAAACUUCUUCAAGAGAGCUUCCUAAUAUUUCGUGACCCUCCUAUAUAUCAAGAAGAAAUUAUGAUGCCUAAAGAUCCAGCAACAGGUUCUCUAAGAGAUCAAAUGCUAAAACCAGGUUUUAUUGACAAGUUACAAAAAAGUGGUUGGGAAUCAGAGAGAAGUGCAAAAACUGAUGUGGAUUUAGAUGAAAUUAUGAAGAAUGAUGGAAGUCUAAAUUCACUGGUGCCUAAAGCUAGAGAUAAUGGAAUGCACUACUCAUCCAGGUCUUCAAUGAAAUACUUUCACAGUUCUAAUGGGGCAACUGAAUCGCGGUCAACAGCGAACGAUAGAGAGGGCUGUCUCAGAGAAUUAAUCACAAGAGAAUUUAAUGGUAAAAAAUAUGUCAUGGAGAAAAGACAGUGCCCUGGAGCUCCCCCUCAAACAACCGAAACUCUAGUUAAUCUUACUAGGGAAGAAUUACCAGAAUUUUUCAAAAAUUGGAAGAUUGAUGACUCACCUGGAAACAAAGACACAUUCUGAUAUUUUAACUUGUUUUGGAGAUGGGUAAUUUAUCAGUUUAAUUGUAUAUUUGUGGAAUAAUUGUAAUCAUUUAAAAUUAAAUAAACAUACAAUAGACAUACAUGAGAAAAAUUACAGGUUUAAUGUGUCAAUUUAUAGGUGGCGACCAGACCAAUGCCUAGUCCUGUUAAAAAGAAGUACUUCCACUUGUUUGACGCAGAUGUGUCUUCACCAAAUUCACUGCAGAUUUUUAUCUGUGUAAAGAAAUAGUUAUAAAUCUUCUAAUGAUAAAUGCAAAAUAAACAAAUAAAUUACCCA